AUGCUUCUGGUUGUCGUAUCUGUCUGGUGUAUUGAUGAUUUUAUUUGUCUGUUUUCCAUAGACAAGUGUGAUGAAGCCCUGGCCACACCUCUUUCUCACAGUGUCUUCAGUGGUUCAUCUGUUUUUACUACUGGAUAUGCUCCUGGAUAUGCCAAGCUGAAUAGAAGAGGAGGUGCUGGAGGCUGGUCACCGCUCGACACUGAUCAUUAUCCGUGGCUGCAGGUGGACCUGGGUAGCAGGAAGCAGGUGACGGCCAUCGCCACGCAAGGCCGAUACAGCAGCUCAGACUGGACAACACACUACCGGCUACUUUACAGUGACAUGGGCAGGAACUGGAAACCCUACCAUCAGGACGGAAACAUCUGGGUGUUUACAGGAAACUCCAAUACAGAGAGUGUAGUGCGUCAUGAUCUUCAGCACAGCAUCGUUGCCCGAUAUCUACGCUUCGUCCCUCUUGGCUGGAGUGAAGAGGGUCAGAUAGGUCUGCGGAUAGAAAUUUAUGGCUGUUCAUACUGGGCUGAUGUGAUUCACUUUGAUGGUCAAGGUGUAAUCUCCUACCGAUUCAAGAUGAAGAAGAUGAAAAUCCUGAAGGAUGUGAUAGCACUGAAAUUUAAGACAGGUGAAAGUGAUGGGGUGAUCCUGCAUGGCGAGGGUCAACAGGGCGAUUACAUCACAUUAGAGCUAAGGAAAGGAAAACUGCUGCUUAAGAUUAACCUUGGCAGCAACCAGUAUGGUUCCAUCCUGGGCCACACGUCAGUGAGCAGCGGCAGCUUGCUGGAUGAUCAUCACUGGCACUCGGUUGUGAUCGAGCGCUACCGGAGAAAUGUCAACUUUACCCUGGAUCAGCACACUCAGCACUUUCGUACCAAUGGCGAGUUCGACCACCUCGACCUUGACUAUGAGCUGAAUUUUGGAGGAAUGCCCUACUCAGGCAAGCCUAACUCAGGAAGCCAGAGAAAUUUCAUCGGCUGCAUGGAGAGCAUCAACUACAAUGGAGAAAAUAUCACUGACCUGGCUAGAAGAAAGAAACUGGAUACCUCUAGCUUUCGCAACCUGACAUUUUUCUGCGUGGACUCUCACACCUUCCCAGUUUUCUUCAAUGCCACAAGUUUCCUGCAGUUACCGGGCAGAAGGGAACACAACAUGGUGUCCGUAAGCUUCCAGUUUCGCACUUGGAAUGCUAACGGCCUGCUCCUGUUCAGCACACUGGCUGAUGGCAAGUUGGAGCUUGUGUUGAAAGAUGGCAAAGUCAUGGCGCACAUCAGUGUCCUGCAGCUAAAAAGCUCACAGGUUGACCUGGCAUCAGGUUCAGGGCUGAACGAUGGAGAAUGGCAUGAUGUUCGCUUUUUGGCCAAAGAGAACUUUGCCAUGCUGACCAUAGACGGAGAGGAAUCGUCAGCUGUGAAGACCAACACGCUCAUUCACAUUACCACUGGAGGACUGUAUCAUUUUGGAGGUUAUUUCUUACAGACCAGGGUAUCCCCCUCACAGCGCUCGUUUCAAGGCUGCAUGCAGCUCAUCCAGGUGGACGAUCAGCUGGCCGACAUAUCAGCAGUGGAGCAGGGUGUGAUAGGAGCUUUUCAGAAUGUCAGUCUGGAUAUGUGUGCCAUUGUAGACAGAUGUUUGCCCAAUCAUUGUGAGCAUGGAGGACGGUGCUCUCAGACCUGGGACACCUUCAGCUGCUCCUGUGAUGGCAUCGGGUACGCCGGAGCUACCUGUCACUCCUCUGUCUAUGAGCAGUCAUGCGAGGCUUAUAAGCACCUGGGGAAAACUUCAGAUGUCUACUGGAUCGAUCCUGAUGGCAGUGGACCUCUAGGGCCAUUCAGAGUUAUCUGCAACAUGACAGAGGAUAAGGUGUGGACGAUGGUGAUGAACAACCUGCCAGCUCAAACGGCUGUCUCGGGUUCAAGCAGGGAGAGACGCACAGUGCUGCAUGUAAACUACAGUGCUACCAUCGAGCAGAUCAGUGCCAUUACAGACGUUGCAGAACACUGUGAGCAGCAUAUUGCCUACACCUGCCGCUCGUCACGUCUACUCAACACACCCGAGGGCAGUGCGUACACAUGGUGGGUUGGCAAAGGUAACGAAAAGCACUUCUACUGGGGUGGAUCUGCACCAGGAAUUAAGAAAUGUGCCUGUGGAAUUGAACGCAAUUGCACAGACCCCAAAUACCACUGCAACUGUGAUGCUGAUCACAAACAGUGGCGUGAAGACUCUGGGCUUCUGGUCUAUAAGGACCACUUACCUGUGAGUCAGGUGGCUGUAGGGGACACAAAUCGAGCUGGAUCAGAGGCCAAGCUCACUGUGGGAGCUCUACAGUGUCAUGGAGACCGUAGUUACUGGAAUGCAGCGUCCUUCACCACACCAUCCUCCUACCUGCAUUUUUCCACUUUCCAAGGAGAAAUAAGUGCUGAUAUUUCAUUCUACUUUAAGACCUCUGCACCUCAUGGAGUUUUCUUGGAGAAUUUGGGCAACACAGAUUUUAUCCGCCUGGAGCUAAAAUCACCAACUGUGGUUUCCUUCUCUUUCGAUGUGGGGAAUGGGCCAGUGGAUCUGAAGGUCCACUCACCAAUGCCACUAAAUGAUGACCAGUGGCAUCACAUUAGCGCAGAGAGGAAUGUUAAAGAGGCUGUGCUGCAACUAGAUCUGCAAUACAGGGAGGUUCGUGAUGCACCUGCACAAGGACAUACACGCCUAGAGCUCUACAGUCAGCUGUAUGUGGGAGGUGCGGCAGGAGGGCAGAGAGGCUUCCUCGGAUGUAUCCGCUCCUUAAAGAUGAACGGCGUCACCCUUGACUUGGAGGACAGAGCGAAAGUGACUCCUGGAGUCAAACCUGGAUGUUCAGGUCACUGCACCAGUUUUGGGAUGUACUGUCGCAAUGGAGGAAAGUGUGUGGAGAAAUACAAUGGCUACUCAUGUGACUGCAGCGGAACAGCUUACGAAGGACCUUUCUGUACCAAAGAUGUGGGCGCUUUCUUUGAGGCAGGAACUCUGGUCCACUAUAACCUGAUGCCUGAGCUGACAGCUGCUCCAUCCAGCAUAGACGGGAAAGACCUGAGCCGAUCACAGCUGAUGGACAAGAACCUGAACCAAGAAGUUGUAACCUUCAGUUUCAGCACAUCCAACACUCCCAGCAUCCUCCUGUAUAUCAGCUCAUGGAGCCGUGAUUACAUGGCACUGGUGUUGAGGCACAACGGUACCCUGCAGCUGCGUUAUAACCUCGGAGGUCUGCAGGAACCUUUUACCAUUGAUCUUGACCAACGCAAUUUAGCCAAUGGACAGCCACAUAAUGUCAACCUGACUCGGACAGAGCGAGAAAUCAAAGUGCAGCUGGAUCACUAUCCUUCAGUCAGCUACACCUUGCCUGAAGCAUCUGACACUCAGUUCACUCUGGUCAAAACCCUCUUCCUAGGAAAGGUCUACGAAACUGGUCUCAUUGACCCCGUGCUGAUAGAGAAGUACAACACUCCUGGCUUUAUAGGCUGCUUAUCCCGAGUGCAGUUUAACAGCAUCGCUCCUCUGAAAGCGGCUCUUCGCUCACAGAACUCUCUGCCAGUGUCGCACCAAGGAAAACUGGUUGAGUCCAAUUGUGGCUCGUCGCCUCUCACCAUCUCACCGAUGUCAGCUGCCACCGACCCCUGGCACCUGGAUGGAGGUGCUAACUUCCCAUUCAACGAAGAGAAAGUCAUACCAGAUGGCGUGAACAGGAAUUCAGCAGUAAUUGGAGGUAUCAUUGCUGUGGUCAUCUUCACUAUCCUGUGCAUUCUGGUGUUCCUGAUACGUUAUGUGUUCCGGCACAAGGGAACGUAUCGCACCAACGAGUCCAAAGAGGCCAAACGCUCCGAAUCAGCUGACACGGCCAUCAUCGCCUCCGAGCUCAAUUUCACAGAGACCAUUGAUGAAAACAAGAAGGAGUGGUUUAUCUAAGAUGUAUUUCCUGUGGAGCGUACACACACACACAAACACACACACUCUCACUGGGCGUCCAGAAUGUGGGAGCGGUCAUAGAUGUGAGCUGAAAAGCUGAACUGGACACACAGGAUGGCUGGUCUCUGUUGUGGUUGGACGAUUGAAGAGUCUGUCACAUAUUCAUUGUAAAUUGAGUGGAAAAAAAUAUGACUCUGAUUUGCCAUUUUGUUUUGUCAAAAGUUUGAUUACUCUUAGAAAUAAUUUCAAUUUAUUUCCAGCUUUAAAUUUAAUUUUUUUUUUUUUAAAUGCAUCAAUGUGUGGAAGUCAGGAGUGCUGGGAAAAAUCCCCUAAAUUUGAAGAUGAUUUCAGUAAGCUAACUAUUUUACAUUAUUUCACAAACUCUAUCACAAUCAAGUCUACUAGCUUUCUAUAUAUAAUAGUAGUAAAGAGUAGUAAGAUAAGAUCAGCCCCAUGCACAUGACUGCACAAUGCUGUCAUGUUUCAGUUUUCCUGAAUUGCCGUUGUUUAACAAGUUUCGUAGAUUAGCAUGGCAGAAAUGAUCAAAUCUAUUGCUUUGUUUGGCUGGAAGCAUAGUGUCGACAGCUAGAACAGACCGGUAACGCUGGCAAAAAGAAUGUAGAGCAAAGGCGGCAUCGGGAAACCAAUAAUCAAAACCAGGGGAGCAUUCAAGUAUGAUGUGGUGAAAUGUUAACGAUUAUCAGACAGCUCAAAAUAUUUCAAUCAGGUGUGCAGCACAAAAUGCUAUCGGGGGAACAUGCAACUUAAAUGACAUCCAUCUGCGACAUGUUCAUUAUUAUGCCAUUAUUAUUUAACUUUUAUUAAUAAUCCAACUGCAUAAUGGAAUGGCAGAAAAACAAUCAGAGUGUAAGAAAAACAAUAUGGAAGCUUCACUAUCUUCUUUAUUUCUGCCACAUUAAUAUUUGGCUAAUAAUGAUGUCUUGUUGCAUGUUCAGAAAUAACAUGAUCUAUUGAUUGUCAGGCUGCUACAAGCUGUCAAACAUCACGAUAACAAUAACAUCAGAAUCACUAGCUUAAUCUUAGCUCUCUGUUUAUUUUACUAUUUUGUUAGCUGCUUAUCUAAUAUUUGUAACUCAAUCCAUUUAAGCUAAUGCAAGGUGCAAUGAAUUACAGAACUUCUGCAGAGCUGCGUUUAAAAGUCUUAAAGAAUGAACUCCUGCUUCAACUCCCCGGUGUUGUACGAAUGCUUUAAUCCCACUCGUACAGCUAUUAUAUUAUUGUAUAUUUGAGAUAUUUUCUAGUAAGUUUAUUUGCUUAAUCUAACUAGUAGCUUAAUGUAAACAACUACAGCCCAAAUCCAUCAUAGGUCUUGCUCACUCAUGCCUGAAGGAAAAGAGAAAUGAUUGAUGUGUUUGCUAUGAAUUAUUGACUAAAAAGUUGUGAGAUUAAAUCAAAUACUUCCUUAAGAUACUGAUUAGGCUUUGAGGAAAUCCAUGGACCCCCAAUUGUUGAGCUCUGUGUUUGGACUGGAUCACAUCAAUAUCUCAUAUAGAUUAAAGCGUAAAUUUCAGGUCAGUAAAUGUGCAUUAAAGUCUAUAGACAGAGAAAGUAAAGCAGGUAUUUAGAACAUUCAAAUGGUGCUCUUCUUAAAGGAUACGUGGGCUGGUAAAAAAAAAAAGAUACGUUUCACACAUUCACUAUCACAUGCACCAUCACAGAGCGAGAGCGGGAACAUUAUUGUUCAUUACUGAUGAUCAAAGGUCCAACGUAGAGAGCUUCUCUUUUGUCUUGUGAAGAUGUGGGGUGAACAUCUCAAAAUGUUCACACUUUAUACAUACAGUAGUUGCACUGGAUGGAGUUCAUGUUUGAUGGUAAUGUGACUAUUUUUAUUUAUGACUGAGGAACAUAAUUCAUUAAUACAAUUGAGAAUGAAAAAUACUAUAGCUAGUGCUUACAACCGUAGGAUACUGAUCAGACAGCAGGGUUUUAUAUACUGCUAGCAUGCCAUUAGCUUCAAGCUAAUUAUAACAAAUGGUUUCCUCGGUUAGGCGAUGAUUCCCAGCUAUGACAUUGUACAGUGCAUUUAAAAGUGUUCCAGCAGUACAUUACAUACGCAGCCAUGUUUACAUUAUAAAACUGGCUCAAAGGAACCCAUGUAUGAACAGACACUUUGGGUCAACUUAGUGUCAGAUCAGUUUUGCAUCUAUUUUUUUUUUUUCCAUUGAUGUCAGGAUGUGGCCUGGAGGAAGUGGUGAGUGUUUGCCAGCAACGAGCAGUUACUCAUUUCCUCUCAGGGUUCUCUCAGCAACACCUUCUGGACAGGCUCAAUCAUCAAACAUUUCUCGAAAGCACACCACACAUACAUAAUGCAUAGUUUAAGUGC